GGGCGGGCUUUCCGGGGCGGGGAGCGCCGCGCCGCCAUGCCCGCCGCCCCGCUCGGCCCCGGCGCGGCCGCCCGGCCGAGGCGCGGGGCGCUGCGGGCCUGCUAGGCCCCGUCCGCCGGGAGGAGGGCUUUCCGGGGUGGGGAGCCGCCGGUGCGGCGGAGGGCGCGGGCAGGGGCCUGCGGCGAUGGCGACCGCCUGGCCCUGGCUGCUUCUGUGGCUGGGGGCGGCCACCCUGCGCGCCCGCCCGACCCCGCCGCGUAUCCGGCUGCCGCUACGGGGAGGCGCCGGCCCGCCGCCGGGUCCCCGGGCCCGCCGGGCACCGGAGGAGGCCGAGCGGGCCGGCAGCUUCGUGGAGAUGAUCGACAACCUGCGCGGCAAGUCCGGGCAGGGCUACUACGUGGAGAUGACGGUGGGCAGCCCCCCGCAGAAGCUGAAUAUCCUGGUGGACACCGGGAGCAGUAACUUUGCUGUGGGAGCUGCGCCUCACCCCUUCCUCCGGCGAUACUACCAGCGGCAGCUGUCCAGCACCUACCGCGACCUGCGGAAGGGCGUGUACGUGCCCUACACCCAGGGCAAGUGGGAAGGGGAACUGGGCACCGACCUUGUCACCAUCCCCCACGGCCCCAACGUCACCGUCAGAGCCAACAUUGCUGCCAUCACGGAGUCGGACAAAUUCUUCAUCAACGGCUCCAACUGGGAAGGGAUCUUGGGGCUGGCAUAUGCCGAGAUCGCCCGGCCCGACGACAGCCUGGAGCCCUUCUUUGACUCCCUGGUGAAGCAGACCCGGGUGCCCAACAUCUUCUCCCUCCAGCUUUGUGGGGCAGGCUUCUCGCCCAACGAGACGGAGGCCCUGGCGUCGGUGGGAGGCAGCAUGAUCAUUGGUGGCAUCGACCGCUCGCUGUACGUGGGUGACAUCUGGUACACGCCCAUCCGGAAGGAGUGGUACUAUGAGGUCAUCAUCGUCAAGCUGGAAGUCAAUGGGCAGGACCUCAACAUGGACUGCAAAGAGUACAACUACGACAAGAGUAUCGUGGACAGUGGGACCACCAACCUCAGGCUGCCAAAGAAGGUGUUUGAGGCUGCGGUGAAAUCCAUCAAAACAGCUUCGUCGACGGAGAAGUUCCCGGACGGCUUCUGGCUGGGGGAGCAGCUGGUUUGCUGGCAGGUCGGCACCACCCCCUGGCACAUCUUCCCCGUCCUAUCCCUCUACCUGAUGGGGGAGGCCACUAACCAGUCCUUCCGGAUCACCAUCCUGCCCCAGCAAUACCUGCGACCGGUGGAGGACGUGGCCACCUCUCAGGACGACUGCUACAAGUUUGCCAUUUCCCAGUCCUCCACAGGCACUGUCAUGGGCGCCGUUAUCAUGGAGGGCUUCUACGUGGUCUUCGACCGUGCCCGCAAGCGCAUUGGCUUCGCCGUCAGUGCCUGCCACGUGCACGACGAGUUUCGGACAGCCGCCGUGGAGGGACCCUACCUGCACUCCAACAUGGAGGACUGCGGCUACAACAUUCCACAGACGGACGAGUCCACCCUGAUGACCAUCGCCUACGUCAUGGCAGCCAUCUGCGCCCUCUUCAUGCUGCCCCUCUGCCUCAUGGUGUUCCAGUGGCGCUGCUUCCACUGCCUGCGGCGGGACCACGAUGACUUCGCUGAUGAUAUAUCCUUGCUGAAGUGACGGCAGAGCGUGGGGGCAGCCCUGGGGGCCGCAGCUGAGGCAGCGGGGCAGGGAGAGGUAGGUCCUUUCUCCGGGGGCUGGAGCGUGGAGGCAGGGCAGCAGUGUGGGGAGCUCAGACCCUCAGCCCAGGCUCUCCUGGCCCUGGGGGACUUGGUGCCCAGCAGGGCUGGCGGGCCGGGAGCAGCCAUGGGAGCCCCAGGCCCGGGCUGUGUUCAUCCAGGACCUACAGAAAGAGUAUGGCAGCUGUGGAGGUGGAUGAGGGCGCAGCAACCCCGUCCCGGGGGCCGAGGGUAGCAUCUCUGCUCCGGCACCCGGCCUGUCCCAAGCUCUCCUGCCCAGGCCAGCCCUGCCAGGCGUGGCAGAGUCACGCUGAUGAGCCAUCCCCUGCCUGUCCCCUGUUGCCCUCCAUCCCUGUGCAGCUGCCCCUCUCAGGAUGCCACUGGCCCAGGCUCUCCGCGCAGGGAGCUGUGCAUGCGUGCCUUCCCCGUGCGGCUCCCUGCGCAGGACACCUGCCUGAGCUGAGCUCCAGAGUUCCCAUCUCGGGAGCCUCCCAUCCCCAGCCCCGGGCUUUUCGGAGAGCCACGCAGGGCCAGCCUGGGGCUGCCCGGACAGGAGCAGCCAGAGGCAGGGGUUUCCCUCCCAUCCUUCUGCUUCCCCCAUACAUGUCCUGCUCCAACGUUUCCUGUGGCAUUUCCCCUGCCCUCCCAAACCGUCCUUCCACUGCUGCCAGCCCCGGAACUCCCUGUGCCCACCCUGCCCUCCCGCCGGCCUCCUGGGACAGGCAGGAGCAGGCACCCAUCCUCUCCCUGCUCCAUUUUCGCUCGCCACGUCCCUUUUGGGGACAGGAAACUGCCUCGCCUCCGUUCCAGCAGCAGCGGCACCUGCCAUGGAGAAGCCAGUGGCUGCUGCCCUCCCGUCCCAGGAUAAACAGCCUCCUGGCUCGGGGACAUUGGCACUCGCCCCCACGGGCUGUGUGGGGAGGGAAAGAAGCGGCAUGUCCCCCCUCCAAGCACCAGGCAGCCCGCUAUGCGCAGAAACCGCGUGCCAAGAGAGAGCGAAGUACCCAACCCCAGUGCCAGCCACUCCCCAGCCCACCCGCGCCCGUUUGAAAGCCAUAGGGGAGCCAGCGCCGGGCUUGGCCGGCUCCCGCCCGCAGCCCCUGCCCUGCCUCACCGCCGGCGAGUCCCACAGCGGAUCCUCUCUGCUUGCUCCAUGAGUCUGUGCGUCCUGGCCGGGCCCCGGCUCCUGCUCCCACGGCGUGAGACACCCUGGCAGCUCGGGGGCUGCGGGGACUGCAGCAUUUCUUAUUUUUUAAACACACAGUUCUAUUUAUUUCAGGUUUUGGUUUUUUUGGUUUUUUUUUUUUAUAACGCAAGUCACUGGUAGCGCAGCUGCGCAGAAUCAGAGCGUGUAUAUAGCAGGUCCCACACCGUGCACGGGUGUACAAGUAACGGUUGCUUCUCACCUGUACAAGAUAUACAUAUAUCUGUAUUUUUAAUUCUAGCGCUGAAAGCCACUGUUCCAAACCCAACAUUAGGGGGUUUGGUCCUGUUUUGUUUUGGGUUUUUUUUUUAAAUACUUUCAGCCCUCCGCUCAGUCCUAGGGCCUGGACCACAACCCAAGGCCAGGGCUCGCUCAGCAGCAGUGUGCUCGGGUGGAAGCACUUUACGGAUCGGGGUGGCCUGAGUUGGUUUCGGAGGAGGUGGUGACAGUAACGGAGGGAUGCAGGAGGAGGGUAGGGCCGGAGCACACAGAGCAGUGGUUCACGAGCCGAAAGGACCUCCGCCGCAGGCUCACCACCUCCCUUCCCCUGGGCAGACACCCUCGAGCUUGCAGGCAGUUGAUCAUGCUGUACUUCCUUACUUCUCUGCCUCCAACCUGGACAGGAAAGUCCUUCCUUUCAAACACCAAGAUCCACUAACUAAAAGGCAACGUUCCUCCACGAGCAAAAGAGGGGGCUGCCUGUGGCGCGGGGGCCGAGCUGGCAGCUACCCAGUGGAGGCAUGUGCAAGAGCCCAGCCACUGCUUCAGCUGUGGACAGGGGCCGGGGGCUGGAGCACCGCAGGUCUGCAGUAAUCGCCAAGCAUAAAGCUUGUUAACUAAACCCUGCGGUUAAGUAUUUCUUUGAAAAAGCAGUGAGGGAGCCAGCGCGCACGGCAAGAGGAGGAAACCCACACCAUGUAGGAGAGGCAAGCCAGGCACUGCCGCAGCAGCCCAGUACACGCACCCCUCCACUGUCCCACUUCACUACUAGCACCCUCGCGAGUAGCAUCCCCUUCCCCUACCUUGCUCUGAAACAGCAAGCACCCAGCGAUUCCGCUUCAGCACAAAAGGGCAACGUUACGUGAUUGCAGCGUGCGUGCAGACCUCCACACCCUCGUGCCUGCCCAGGACACCCCCCUCCCCAGGAUCCCAGACUGUUGUGGACCACUGCCUUAAAACGCUGGCAAGCGUGUGCGUGCGUGCUUGUAGAAAGAUUGGGAUAGUGGCCAAAUUUAGGCAUGCUGCGCCCCGGCAGCGCUUGCCCUGACUGACCCCAAGGUGUAGGUGCCUCCAGCAGUGCUGAAUUCAUGCCACAGACUGCAAGGGGGAAAAAAUUUCUAGAGAGUCAGCGCAAGAUUUUAAGUGGGGCCGAGCACCUCGUAAUCCCACCGAAAUCCACAGAGAAAGCGCUGGCGCCUCAGCCCAUGCUUUAGGAGAAAGUACAGGAGAGGGGAAACUAGGAACUGCAACAGGUUGGUUGGUUAUCCUGAGCUGCAGCGCAGCUGAAUCCAUUCGCUCCUGAGCGCUCCCUCCCCAGGGCCCAGAGUUACAGCAGGGAACACCGGGUCAAGGCGUGUGCGGAACUCUGCCCCACAGGAGGGGGACGGGGACGGUUACCGCAGGCCGUCGCUGUAGGCUCCAGUACUCUGUAACCCAUUGUCUAUGUAAGAACGAUGAAUGUUAACACGGUAAAUUAUUAUUACAUUAAAAAAAGACCACAAAAAAAUGCUCUUCAUCUGCGACCUGUUCACUGCCAAGAGGGGAGCUACUGGGUGAGCACCCACAGCGCCAGACGGACACAGCAGGGGGCCGGGCACAGGGCAGUGAGGUAUCCCGCCAAGGGGAAUGGUUUGCGGCAAGUGUGGAGCUGCCGCAAGCGCUGGCCCCGGAGAAGGAGCCAUGGGAAGCUAAGCAGGAAGAGGCAGUUACAGCAGCCACCAGCAUCCUGGCGAGCAGGUUAUGCUUUAACGCUCAUUCACAAGGAAGCCAGCAAGGCUGCGAGCUAAGAAAUAAGGAGCAGCACCAGAUCACUGCAUAAUAUACACACUUUAUUUAUGAAUUUGUAUGUAUACAGACUUUCUAUACACACAUUACCUAUAUAAUAAAAAUGUACAUGUGUAUACAUGGUCGUAUAAAUAUAGAACUGUAGAAAUCUUAGAA